AGAGACGGUGGAGACGCAGAAAUUACCAGACGGAGAAGUAAAUUUUCGAAUUGAAUUAGUUUUUCUCUUUUAAACCAUGCUCAUCACCCAUCUCAUCGAUUCUCUCAGCGACAGAGCUGUUAUCACUCCCUUAACUCCAACGAGUGUCAUUAUUUACGAUAAAAAUGAAUUAAAAGUUUAUGUCGGAUUCACAAACAAUCGUAAUAGCUUAGAAUACACAAAGGAAGUGGUUCUUCUCCUGUCGACAGAGAUUCCAAAGAAAGCGGAAAUUCGUGAAAUUAUUGUUUCUAAAAAUGGCGACUAUGUGAUUCUGGAAGGUCCGAGAAGUUUAUUCGUUGUGAGAAUUGGCGCUGAGAUUUUAGUGGCAAAACCUGAUCGUUUGCCAUCUGAAUGCUUUUGCGAAUGCUACCCUCUCCACGACAGUCUUCUUCUUCAGAAUAUUUCGCUCUCGGUCGUUAAAGUUCGCCUUUUACCUGAGAAAUGUGACGAAAAGACUUUCGUGACCGCAGUUCUCUUCUCGGAUAACUGUAUUAGAUUCUACAAUCUCCAGAAAAAGUUCGAUUCUCUGCUUUUAGCGGUUGAUUUUCGAAAUCAUCUUCACCAAGUACACGAUGAAAAUGUGGCAAAUAACACAUUUGGACUUCAGAAGGCAUUAGUUUCCUUCGAUUUGAUUCCUCCAAAACCGAAUACUUCGCAUUUUUCAAUAAUUUCCAUUGAUUCCGACUGUGAUUUCUACACUUCAUUCGUCCAUUUUUCAUGUUUUAAAGAAGGUUAUGCUCCUCGUAUUCAUCGUAUUGAACCUGUCGACGGACUCCCAUGUGAUCCACUGGAUCUUCGAUACAUUCAAACUACAAAUCCUCGAAUCUGUUCGGUUUUCGUAUUGGUGUCUGGUGGUGGAGUUCUUAGUCAUCUAGUCGUUUUUCCAAAUGAGUUCGGAGAAUUUCGAUUUCUUGUGAAGGAUCAACUUCGUCUCCCAUCAUCAAAUGGCGAUCCAAGAAUAGUACAAAAUCAAAUCAGAUCAUUGAAAGUCAGCAGAUAUGAAAUUGCAACAUCUUCUAGUCUUUUCUCAGUCAACAUCUUCCCCUGGUUUGAAGCUUUGACUUCUAUCUCGCCAACAUCUACUCUUGAAAAGGAGACUCGAGUUUCCGAGCUUGUCGAUGCAGUUAUUCCAUCUGAUGAACUUUCGAACACUACUAAAUGGACUGGAGCUCGUGCGCUUCGUGCUGUUUCAGUGCAACUGACACAGAGCCUGGCAACAGAGGAAGAAGAAUUGCUCCCCGAAUCUGAGAAUAUCAUGCAUUUGGUGAUUCUUGAAAACAAAGAUGGUCAACCUGCUCAUUUAUUCAACAUCUCCACAUUUGAUAAUAUAUGGUCAACUGAAAAUAAGACAUCUUUUGGAAGAGAUUCGGUGUCCCAGCCACCUAUGAAAAGUACGGGCUCUUUGGAGCAGCAACUUGCUGCUUUGAAACCACUUGCAGCUUGCGUAAUCUCCGAAAAAGUAUCAUGCGAAGAGGCAAUUGAUGCCGCUAUGAAGUUUUUCGAUGCAGUUGAUGAAAGAUUGAAGAAGCAUUGUGAAAUCUCAAAGUUAUUCGUGGAGAGAUGUCUCGCAGUCUCUUCAAGUGCUCAAGCUCUUGAUGAAAAGCAACAAAGUGUGGAUCAACGACUGAUUGAGGAAACAAACACUGUCGAAGAAUUGAAAAUUCGAAUGCACGAAACAAAAGAAAGAAUGGAAGGUGCGCGAAAAGGAAUCAAUGUGCUAUUCCACCGGGUUGACGAAAAUGUCCCAUUAAGUGACAAUGAAAUUCGAAUUUUCGAGCGUCUCAAGGAACACCAGAAAAUGCUCUCGGAUAUGACAAAACUAGUUCCGAAGAUGACAUUAGAUUCGAAUGAGAUCCACCGAAUGGCCAAUAUAGUGCUGAAAAAACGUGGAACAGGCGAAGAGCAGAACAGAUUUGCAGCUGUUGAGAAAAAUGCUACCGAAAUCGAAAGCUUGGAAGCUCGCGAGAACAAACUGAAUACCGGAAUUUCUGAGCUUUCUAUCUGAAAGUUAAUCUUAUUGUAAUGUUUUGAUAUUAUUGUUGUUGAAUGAAUCACUGUUUCCA